CGGUAACUGGCGGCUACCUGCCGGAACUCCUGUUUGAAUAACAUUAAUACUAAUGCAUACGGAUGACUCGCUCUAUCCAAAUCCUAAGCGCUUCAAUCCAGAUCGCUGUAUGGAUCCAGAAUUUCGAAAAAUGGUCGAUAAAAAAUUCGCACCUUUUUCAAGGGGGACAAGGAUUUGCCUCGGAAUGUACAUGGGUUGAGUUGUACCCAGUCAUUUCUACGCUUAUCUAUCGCUACAACUUCCAGUUCCAGGGCGCAAUAGCCGAGGAUUUCGAGUGUAUCAGUGACCAAUUUGCCAUUGGCACCAGCGGUAGAGGUAUUUUAAACGCCACCGUCACCACUCAUGAAAGGUAGAAUUGGAGAAGAAUUGUUCGUCUGGUUACGUCAGG